UAAUUUCUUGUAUUUUUUUUGCGCGAGUUCGUGCGUGCGUGAGUGACUGGCUUGUCUGUGUGGGUUGUGUCAGAUCUCCUGCAAAACAUUCCUUUCCAAGAGAUAGAAACUCCCUCUACUACUUACACACGAUUCCCCGUCUUUCGUCAAACUCUAUAUACGUAAGAAAGAAUGAGGAGUGAGAGCUAAUCCUCCAUUUUUCCAAAACGCCUCUCAAUUCUUAGAGAUGGUGCUCAGUGCUCUCGUGGUUAAUAUCACCACGCGCGUUGCCUGGAUGUUUCGUGGAGAACCCGCUUGGGCUGUCACGUGAGCAAAAUUCGGAUUGGCUAUUUCCAGACCCUCCUCUGGAAUGAUUUUUCCGGUCGCUUUUGUGAAGGGUUAGCUCGAGCUGGCCGCCAAACAUUAAGCUGUAUCUCUUGAACAAUGCUUUGAAAAAGAAAUUCGCCGAAACCAGGAGCCCAUGGGCUAAUUUGUCAGCGGUUCACCGUAGCAGACUGAUAUGCAAAAUUUAUACCGCACAGUGAACCAAUCAGAAUUCUCUUUUCACCUAGACCAGUUUGACAUAUUAUAAUGAUAAUCUUGUCUUGUUUUGAUAUGUUACAAGCACAGUUGCAAAAGUAUGAUUGCACUGUGAUAAAUUUCGUUAGCAACUUACAAUUGCGCAGACUUUUGCAAAGUAGAAAUAUAAUGUCUGCCGUUAGGAAUAAACUCCUACGCUUGGUAAUGCGAACUAAGAGAAGAUUAUAUGAUGUCUACGGUUAGGAAUUAAAAUUCCUAACCGUUAAAACUCAUAGGUUUGGGCACAAUUCUUUUCGCGAGUGUACUUUUACUCUAUUAGCCUACGUGGCAAUUGAUUUUCGUGGCAGCUAAUUAAUAGACCGAGAAAACAAGUUAGAGGUAGAGAUCGUCGGUAGAGCGUAGCAAUCUUUUCGAAAAAGCAAAAAAUGCUCACUCCAUUGACGAACGCAAAACCAAUUCUAUUGGCGGACGGCAUAGGCGGGAAAAUGGCAGUCACGUGAUCGUCUGAAACUUUCUCGAGAAGCGACAAAAGUCUCGGUGCUUUUGAUCUUUUUAAAGCCCGUUGCAAUUUAUUUAUUCACCGUCAACAGCUCGUUUCGUUGACUUGUGCCUUUCGCUGAGUAGUUUAUGUUAACUUUUCUCUUCAAGGUUGAUCAAAGAAUGGCAUCGGCCAAUAACAAGGCUAAAGAGGCGUGGAAUAUUUGGCGGUAACCCACGUGGCUGCAUUCAACGGGGUUCUUUCGUUUGAUUGCUGAAGACUCGGCAUGAGAUAGAACCGUUAUGUAAUGUUUCUGAGUACGAUAUCGUGAAUAUCUCGCUAGUGACGUAAUUGUCAUUGAUCUUUGUAUAUACUAACUGUGCACCUAAAGGCUUGCGAAGAAAAUUAUGAUUUACUGGCAGGUGGAUAUUUGACGGUAUAUUACCCGAAAGCAUUACAUAGCGCAUAUUCUCAACACGUCUCUCCACGCUACUUUUCUGAAUUAUACUGUUCUUGAAGCUUCAUAGUUCUUCUUAGCGGGUGUUUAAAAUUAACUUUACGUCUUAUCUUUUCCACUCUUAAAAAACUAAUUGCCUUUCUGUUAGAUAACGGCUAUCCCAUUGUUUUAUGAGCCUUGGCGGUUCUAAAAUGCAAUUUUUAAGACUUGUCACUUAUUCGUCACUGAAAAACAGGACAAGUCUUUGAUCAAGCUGGUUACACACAUCGUCUUAAAAAGAAUUCUGUUGAAAAGUUUUUUUUUCCUUUUUUCUUGGAUUUCUUUAUUGGUUAUUUCAAGAACGUUUUACACGUUCGCUCGACGGGAGGGUAAAACAUCAAGAAAAGAUGUGGAAAAAUUACCGUAAUGGCACAGUUUUCGUGAAUUGUUUUAUUAAUUCUUGACGUUCCUUGGUGUAGAACAUGCUGCAGCUGAUAUCAAUAAACACCCACGAGUUAUUCGACGCAAAAAUGUCUUUGUUCGGCCGUAAAUUAAGCCACAAACAAAGAAAUCAUCAUGUUCUGGCGAUAAUUUCCAUGCCGGCUCUUGACACGUUCACUAAUUUUGUUUUGGUAGAGAGAAGAAUACGCGAGCAGUCAAACUUAACAGGAGGUAACUUGUCAUCUUCCUGUAGCGUCGAGUGAUGUUUUCAGUUUUGCUCAUAAUUCAAAAUAGUUCUUCCGAAAAUAGCCGGGAAGAUUUUAUCUCAGUUUGAACUCUGUUUGGGGGAAAUUUUUUUUUUUAGGAUUGGAAUGUUGACUUAAGUCAUAAAUCUUGAACCUCUCCUAUGUCUUAUCGCUGCUAUCUAUUGCUCGUCUCAUCUCGUUAGGCUCAUGCCGUGUCAACAAACUAUAGUAUUCGAUGCGGCUCCUUUUCUAAACUUUUCAGUUGUUUUAUUAAAUUGUAAAUUAUCAGUUCUGAUUCCUGCCGAGAAAGUGCAUUAACGUUAAAUCUUCAUCUUUCUUUUUGCCCAGCAACGCCGGCGAGGGUGGUAAAAAUAAGGAGACAUCACUCGAAAAAAAAAUAGAAAAAAGAAUUGUGUAUUACGAUUUUUUUUCCUCUCCAAGGGUGAUGUGACUUUCUCAGUGGCCCACGUUUUAAACACGCCCUUUUAAGCUCUCCAGGUUAUUCUGGUUUUUCGGUCGAAAACUGUUGCCUUGCAGGAUGUUUAGAACCCACGCCAGAGCUAGUUGUUUUGAUUCAACAAAGUUUUAAAGGAAAGUGAUUUUCUUGUCACUCUAUACAAUGGUUAAGGCAUCAGAGGGAUAUUAAAAACAAACGAAAUAAAAAACCCUGGCGUCCUGAAGUCUCGCGCACUGGCAUAAAAACAAUCAGCUUUGUCCUUUUGAACUCCUGACAGUUUCCCUUCAACCAACUGCCUACAAACAAAACCAGCGCUGCUUUUCCAAACUACAGUAAUUGCGCAAAUGUUCCGGAAAUUGCGGCUCAGUUUGCACGCAACUAAAUAUUUUAAAAUGCACUGAGUGACAGAUCUUGAGAGUUGUGGGUUUGUGAUUUUCCUUGGCUCAAAACAUAGCGUAAACAAUCACAUCAUCAGGUGGCAAGCUAUGAAAGCCCUGGUCUCGAUUUUCUAUGUCAAUAUUUUUAGAAGUGAUGCAUCCGUCUCGUGACUGUGUGAAAUGUUGUCUGAUGAGUCAUUAGUGUGUGAGAUUUUUUGCCAAGCAACCCGUUUCCGCUCUUAUCAACCAACGUGUGGUCUGAGCUGUGCUCGGUUAUGGAUUGUUUGUAAAUAAAUAACAAUUUGACACAAAAGCUCUACUUAUCUUGAAAAAACAAACAAUGCCGGUGGUCCAUAAAUAAAAGUCCUAGGUCAGUUCGACAGUUGCCUCAGUUCUGCACACUGUGUCGUGAACACCUCUUGACUGUCAUUCCAGUUAACUCACGCAUUCUGAUCUCAAGCGACAUGUUUCCGUCACACCGUAGCUGUUACGCUUCGCCCUACUUGUGCCAGCCAUCUUUUCACCCCGCUCUGCCAAGCUAUGCCUCAGCGUUUUACCCACAGUGGGGUCGCGCGGGCUUCACCCUCAACUGUCAUGGCGCUGGGAUAUUUUUCCGUGAACAAGAGCCCCUCCCAAAGCCGCCAUACUCUUAUGUGGCCCUCAUCUCGAUGGCUAUCAAGCAAGCGCCCAACGAGAAAAUUACCUUGAGUGGGAUUUAUCAGUUUAUCACGGAGAACUUCCCAUACUAUCGCCUCAACAAGCGCGGCUGGCAGAACAGCAUUCGUCACAACUUGUCGUUGAACAAAUGCUUCGUGAAGAUCCCUCGCGAGCGUUCGGACCCUGGCAAAGGAUGCUACUGGAGUCUGGAUCCGUCUUACGAGGAAAUGUUCGAGGAGGGAAACUUCCGAAGAAGGCGAAGAAGACAGAGGAAUUACCGCGGAAAAGAAGACGAAGACGACGACGAAGAUGAAGAGAACAGCAGCGCUACGGAAAUUAGCGCAAAAUCGAAGACAAACGAAGUCGUACAGGUUGAUCACCUCGCUAAAAACUCACUCGAGCAGGAUGCAGGGCACAAGAGUAGUGAUUCGACAACGGCCAAAGAAUGUCGCUCGGUAGAGAGCCCUAUCGAAGAAUCUUUUGCAGACGAUGCGAACGUAAAUAAAACGGAGAAAGCUGGGGUAUCGUCCCUCAACGAACUGCCUCAAGAAACAGGCGUCCUAGAUGUAGUUCAUCCCUUUAGCAUUGACAAUAUUCUAGGGAAAAAGCAAACGAGAGAAAGGGGCGCACAAUUCGUGAACGACGCUUGUUCAUUAAUCGAGAACAGUGCAUUAGGAAAGAUACGUGCACAGAACAUUACUAGCGUGCAGACAGUGGGUUCAGAUGUGGGAAAGAUAACAGAUGCCGUGAAUAUUCCUGCAACAAGAUUCAGUGUUACUGCAGAGCCAGCUUUCAGCAAUCCAGUGCAGGGAUUCUGUAACGCCUGCACAACCUUAAACCGCAACAAUACAGGGAUAAAUUCGGCUUCCCUAACGGCCUCUUAUGGCUCAUACUGGACCGUGCCUACCUCACCGCACUCGAGCUUGUGCCCUCAAUGUAACUGUGCUAAUUGUCGUCCUCUUGGCUAUGCAGUUUGAAACACCGAGACAUUUUAAGUACGUGAUAACAGGCUAGAAAUGAACGAGAGAGCUUAAGAGUUUUAUUUUACUUCGUGCCCUGCGGUUAUAAGCACUUUUUACAAAGGCAUGAGAACAUGUAUUGGGCCGCCAGCGGAAGACAUUAAAUAACUGGAUCAGCUUCGGUUACUAAAUGUCCAUAAUUGCCUCUAAACCAAAUUUUACAGUCUGUUUUAUUCUAUUAUUAAUUGCACAAGUUCGUUCGCUGAGAUAUUUAAGACACGAGUAGAUGUAAGAAUUGCGUGUAAAAAUUGUCGUUUAGUGCUGGCUGAGGAAAAUUUUCCGAAGCGCGAUCUUGUAUGACCGAGAGUUAAGUUUGGUUUAGCGAGGAAAAUAGGUUACAAUUAAGAAGAUCACAUUAGUUCAUUGUAUUGUGGAUAGAAUAAUAAAAUGAUAAAAUCUAAAACACUGAUUUAUCUUGGCCUUUAAUAGGUAUACUUCGCUCUUGAGAAGGCUUGAGUGCUAAACAGAAAAUACAAGAAUAGGUUUCAGUGAAUGAUAAAUGUCACGAACAUUUAAUUCUGCGUUUACAAAGACACGUAGCAGAUAUAUAGUUCUAACAUUAUUUCCAGACGAACUGUUGAAAAUGGCUUGCCUUUGGGCCAAAUCUUCCUUUCAAACGAUGCGAUUUCGAAGGAAAACUAUUUUUUAUUUUCUCAAAAACUAUUUGAGGCGUGUCACGGGACCUUUAGCCCGAACGACCGCAGUGGGUUUUCCUUACAAUAAUAUCUUGCAAUCCUAUCAACUCUAUUCGUCUGUAUUGCGCGAUUUAGCUACAGAAUAAACAUUUUUCUUUGCUAUUUGUGAACCUUUCGUGUGUGCUGUAAAUAUUGAUAUGGUGACGAAUAAACAAAUAACUCUCCCUGUUUUCAAGAAAUAUUGUUGAAGGAAAGUCGAGUUAAGUAAACACACCAAUGACUUUUCUGACUUUAUUUUGACACGAAGCGCAAAAACUUCAACAAUCCUUCAUUCACAAAGACGCGAACCAGGGGAAGGCAUUUCAAUCAUUAUACAUACAGGGCUAGCAUAGUGUUUACUUCUGCCAUUUCCGGUGCCCAGAAUUGUUAUUUCAGGAA